AUGGCGAAGCUCUUUGCUCCCUUCCAGACGGAGGCGUCCGAUGCCCUACGAGUCCCCCCCACCGCCUCUCUGGCUGUGAGUAACGUGAAGAAGUACAGUAGUUACAUUCCGGAUUCGAGAAUACGGGUGAGAGAGAUUGUGGUUCGACUGCAGCGCCGUUUGCGUUUUUCCCUUCGGGCCCACAAACGCCUCCUGCUUGGAAUGUGCGGUACCGUCGUUGUGGUGUACGCGCUUCAAAAGGCUGGGCGCGUCUGCGGAGCACGGCAUUUCCCGCAGUCUGCGCAGCGCACUGAGAGUAAGCCUGCCUUCGGUCAGGGGAAUUGGCGCGUGUGGGACUUCCUGUCUGCUUGGGUGCAGGGGGCACUGAACUCCCCGUUAGGCACAUCGACCUUUCACCAGGUGGGGGAGGACGAUGAUGACGUCAACUUUGUGGACGCCUCGGAAAGCGCCUUCCGCAUGUUUCAACGUCGAGUAGAGCGCACGCAUGAGGCGCCACUGCUGCGCGCGUUGAGUGAACUCGAGAGUCUUGGUGAGCGCUGGAAAAGCCAUGCCUUACAGCUUUCGGCCGCAGGGAAGGAAAAACACGAGGGGGAGGGCACGGUUGGUGCUGCUUCCAGUGGUCUUCUGCAGGAGACCUCGAAGGAGGCACUGCGGGAGCUUGUUCUGGAAAAGGCAAUUGAGGCGGAUGAAUUACUCACACAGUACGUUGUGCAGCUGGACAUGGCGCCGGUGGGAGACAGUAUCGAUCUCAGGAAGGAGCGUAAGGAGUCCAUCGUUGCUGCCUCAGCAUUGGCGAAGCGCAUCGAGGUGUGGACGCAUCUGCCGCCGCACCAGCAGCAAUAG